AUGACAACGGAAGUGAGCAAAAAUAGAAACUUCAAGGGCCAAGUCCAAAACGAAAUGGAAGCUCGAAAGAAGAUGUGGGUAACACAUUCAUUGUCGCAUACGGUACCGAAAGAGGUCGAAGGAAGUGUGGAGACAGGACAAGAUCAAGAUGUAUCACAAUGGAGCACAAAACGGCUAACGGUUAAGACGCAAAUGAUCAUGAUAGACUGGCACGUCAUUGUCAAGGUUCUGAUAGAGAUGACAGACAGCAAUAGUGGUCUGAUAUGUAUCUUGAUCGAAGGAACGGGCUGGUGGUAUUGGCAGAUUCUUGACUUUAGGGUAUAUUCAGUUUCAAACGGUACAUAA